ACCCGCCACUCCGCAGCUCCAGGUCCGCUCCUCCCAGCCCCACUCUGCUUGGCAGCCGGCUCCCAGUGGACAGCAGGCAGGAUGACCCAAAACAUGGUGACCAUGAAUGGAGUCACUGUGGCCUCUAUACCAACCCUGCCCACCCACAUCAACAUCCACAUUCACCAGGAAUCAGCUUUGGCACCACUGCUGAAAGUUGGGGGUUCCCUGAAGCAGUUUCUUUCUCGCCGUGGGGAGCCUGGCAGGAUGAAUUAUGAGAUGCUGGCUCUAGGGGUGACUCAGAUAUUACUGGGGGUUGUGAGCUGUGCUCUUGGAGUAUGUCUCUACUUUGGGCCCUGGAUCCAGCUGCGUGGCUCAGGCUGUGCCUUCUGGGCAGGUUCUGUGGUGAUUGCAGCAGGAGUCGGAGCCAUCGUCCAUGAGAAGUGCCCGGGCAAACUUUCAGGCUGUGUAUCCAGCCUGCUCACCCUGGCUGGCAUUGCUACGGCUGUGGCUGCUGUCGUCCUCUGUGUGAACAGCUUAGUCUGGCACACUGAUGGCUUGUCUGACACUGUGUGUGAUCGCCCAGACCCUAUGUUUGUCACCACUGACUACAGAUGGAUGCACGGAAGAAGUGAUGACUGGAGGGAGAAGGAGUGCAGAUUCUACGUGAAAAUGCUGCAGAACUUGUUCCUAGCAUUCCGUGUCCUGCUCCUGGCCGUCUGUGUCUUGAAGGUCAUUGUGUCCUUGGCUUCCCUGGGAGUGGGUCUUCGAAGCUUGUGUAGUCAGGACUCCCAGUCCCUGGAUGAGGAAGAAUCAGAGAAAAAGCUGUUAGGGGCAAAUUCAGUGCCCCCUUCCCCCUCUAAGGAGAAGACCCCAGCUGCCAUCGUCCUGUGAGCCACCAAAGACUUCCACCUGGGCUCUUGCAUGUCCCUGUCCAAGGCAUCCCAGGGCCCUCACAGCCCCUCUCCUCACACCUGCCUCCCCAGUGGCACUGUCCAGCCCCUCCUCCUUCCUUCUCCCCCCACCAUUCAUAUACACUGUUCCCACCCCAGAGUUCUCAAGUCCAUGAACUUGAGCAUUGUCACAUUUUCCCCAAUGCUGAUUAAAGCAUCCAGGAAAAGCUUUGCCCAGAAAGAUGCUGGUUUCCCUUUGCUUAUACACCCCAUGUGCGGUGAAAGAUCUUUCUUUGUGUUGAUUAGUAUGGCAUUAAAUGAGAGUUGGUUUAUCCUAUGGAAAUAA